AUGGAAGGGGAAGACGUAGAAGCAGCUGAGGAGGGCACUUGGAGCAGGGAAACCAUUCCUAAGGUUCUGAAGAUAGUGAGCUCAAGACUGUCUCAGAGAGACCUUGUCUCUCUCUUGCUAGUUAGCCCAUGGCUCAAUGGAACUCUCGUCUCCUACCCUUCCCUUUGGCUGCUUCUCGAUCUUCGUGAGAUGAAUAAUGCUGGGAAUCGCCUUAUAGCUGCUCUUUCAUUGCCGAGAUAUCGGCAUGUGAAGCAGAUAAACCUUGAAUUUGCACAAGACAUUGAAGACAAGCAUCUUGAACUCAUAAAGAACAAGUGUCUAGAUUCUCUUCAAAACCUGGAGGUUUUGAAUCUUAAUGGCUGCCAGAAGAUCUCUGAUAAGGGAAUUGAAGCUAUAACCAGUGCUUGCCCUAAUCUGAAGGUCUUUUCUAUCUAUUGGAAUGUGAGGGUAACAGAUAUAGGUAUAGCACACCUAGUGAAGAACUGCAAACAUAUAGUUGAUCUGAAUUUCAGUGGCUGUAAGAAUCUUUCAGACAAUAGCUUGCAAUUAGUGGCUCAGAAUUAUCCAGAAUUAGAGUUGUUGAACCUGACCAGGUGUGUCAAGUUAACAGAUUCUGGAUUGCAGCAGAUAUUGCACGGUUGCCCAUGUCUCCAUAGUCUUAAUUUGUAUGCCCUAUCGAGCUUCACUGAUGAAGCUUACAAGAGAAUAUCACUUCUUUCCCAUCUUAAAUUCUUGGAUCUGUGUGGUGGCCAGAAUCUAUCAGAUGAAGGGCUGUCUUGUAUAGCUAGAUGCAAGAGCCUCCUGUCUCUCAAUUUGACAUGGUGUGUACGUAUCACUGAUGUGGGGGUCAUAGCUGUUGCGCAGGGUUGCACAUCUCUUGAAUUUCUCAGCUUAUUUGGCAUAGUUGGGGUGACCGAUAAAUGCCUGGAGUCCCUUUCAAGGACCUGCUCAAACACAAUUACAACUCUUGACGUGAAUGGCUGUAUUGGAAUUAAGAAACGGAGCCGUGAUGAACUGCUUCAAUUGUUUCCGAAGUUGCAGUGCUUCAAAGAUUAUUCUUGGAUUCGUGGAUAUUCAAUCAUGGACAUUAGAAGUUAUGGUGUGGACAUGCAGUUUCAUGGAUGUGGCGGCUUGACCAUACUCUGA